AUGCGUUCUUCCCUAGUGAUCCUCGUUGCGGCUGCGUCGAUUUGCUGCUUGGAUGCCGCCAUCCUCAAGAAAAAAAUUCUGAUCGGUGGAGCCGCAGCCGGAGCAGCUGGAGCACUCGGCGGUGCUGGUGGUUUCUUAGCGGGCUCAGCGCUCCCAGGCCUCCUGCAUCACAGACCUUUCUACGGUGGUCACUAUGGAGGACACUACGGAGGAACUUAUCAUAACCACAUCCACACCCAUAAACAUCUUGGAGGAUAUGGCGGACACGGUUACGGUCACGGAUAUGGUCAAGGAGGCUAUGGUUAUGGACUCGGCCAUAGAGUGAGCUACGGCCAUGGCGGUUACGGUCACGGCUGGUGA